CUUGAUAACACUAGCGGUGGGGGCGUUGUGCAACACUGUUUGUUUUGAGGGCGUAGUUCCAACAAGUGCUGAGCAUCAUUGUUUUUUUAUUAGUAAUCGUAGCUUGGCGAGGCCCGCCCUAGAAUCUCAUUUAAACUUAGUUUUUACUGUUUAUUUUAAGUUUUAUUAAAGUGUUUGUGUAAUAUAUUUUAAUACUCGAGGAGCGGCGGUGCCUAACGCCCGACGACAACAGCUACAAAAUGUUCCCCUCGACGAUUUUGGGGCGCAGCUACCUGCUUUUUAUGCUGGUGCUCGCCGUGGGCGUGUUCGCCCAGCACGAGUGGCAGGCCCGGGACGCCUUCGACGAGAUCAAGCGCCAGUUCGAUAAGGUCAACGCGGAUAACUGCCCCAUCCAGCACCACUCGGAUCUGUUCCUGCCCACGGAUUCCAUUUCCCACAAGCCCGAUAUCAAGGAGGUGAACGUCAAUCCGGUCUUCCCGAAUCGUACGGCGUUGCUUCAUCUCCAGAACAUGGCGCUCAGCAGGAGCUUCUUUUGGAGCUACAUCCUCCAGUCGCGAUUUAUCCGGCCCGCCAUCAACGACACCUACGACCCUGGAAUGAUGUACUACUUCUUGUCCACGGUGGCCGAUGUCUCUGCCAAUCCGUCCAUCAACGCCUCGGCUAUCUACUUCUCCCCCAAUAGCUCGUAUUCCUCCUCGUACCGCGGCUUCUUCAACAAGACCUUCCCGCGUUUCGGGCCCAGAACCUUCAGGCUAGACGACUUCAACGACCCCAUUCACCUGCAAAAGAUAUCCACGUGGAAUACCUUUGAUGUUCAAGAUCUGGGAGCCCACCACCCCGACUCUAUUUCCAAGGAUUACACGCAUGACUUGUACAAAAUAAACGAAUGGUAUCGCGCCUGGCUGCCAGACAACGUAGAAGGCCGGCACGACACAAAGAUCACGUAUCAGGUUGAAAUUCGGUACGCCAACAAUACAAAUGAAACGUAUACGUUCCACGGUCCACCCGGUGCCGAAGAAAACCCGGGUCCCAUUAAGUUCACGAGGCCCUAUUUCGACUGCGGCAGAUCCAACAAGUGGUUGGUAUCGGCUGUGGUGCCGAUAGCAGACAUCUAUCCGCGACACACCCAGUUCCGGCACAUUGAGUAUCCCAAAUACACAGCAGUCGCCGUGCUGGAGAUGGACUUUGAACGUAUAGACAUCAACCAAUGUCCUUUGGGUGAGGGUAACAAAGGACCCAACCACUUUGCGGACACGGCGCGCUGUAAAAAAGAGACUACGGAGUGUGAACCGCUACAUGGAUGGGGCUUUAGGCGCGGAGGCUACCAGUGUCGCUGUAAGCCAGGCUUCCGCUUGCCUCCGGUGGUGCGGCGACCCUAUCUUGGAGAGAUUGUCGAGCGUGCCUCCGCGGAGCAGUACUACAAUGAGUACGACUGCCUUAAAAUUGGCUGGAUCCAAAAGCUGCCGGUUCAGUGGGAGAAGGCACCCUAUCACAUUCGCCAGAAGUACCUCGACCGGCAUCCCGAAUAUAAGAACUACACUACAGGAUCUCGGGCUCUGCACUCUGAGCGCUUGAAUAUCGAUCAGUCUUUGAAGUUCAUACACAGUGUCAACUACCGAACAUGCAAGAACUUCCAUCCGCAGGAUCUGAUUCUGCGCGGCGAUGUCGGUUACGGCGCUAAGGAGCAGUUCGAGAAUGAAGCCAAGAUGGCCGUGCGUCUGGCCAACUUCAUUAGCGCCUUUUUGCAGGUAUCGGAUCCCAAUGAGGUCUACUCCGGCAAGCGAGUGGCCGACAAGCCCCUGACCGAGGACCAAAUGAUCGGCGAAACUCUGGCCAUUCUCAUGGGCGACAGCAAGGUGUGGUCGGCCUCGACGCUCUGGGAGCGCAACAAGUUUACGAACCGCACCUACUUCGGACCCUACGCCUACAAAACGGAUCUGAACACACGAAAGUUUAAGGUGGAGGAUCUGGCGCGCAUCAACAAAACCCACGAGCUGUAUACCGAGAAGAAGUACUUUAAGUUCCUGAAACAGCGCUGGAACACCAACUUUGACGACCUGGAAACGUUCUACAUGAAAAUCAAGCUCCGGCACAACGAGACAGGUGAAUACCAGCAGAAGUACGAGCACUACCCUAACUUCUACAGAGCGGCCAACAUCAAGCACGGCUUCUGGACACAACCGCAGUUCGACUGUGACGGCUACGUGAAGAAGUGGCUGGUGACCUAUGCGGUGCCCUUCUUCGGCUGGGACAGCCUCAAAGUCAAGCUGGAAUUCAAGGGAGUGGUAGCCGUCUCCAUGGACAUGCUGCAGUUGGACAUUAAUCAGUGCCCGGACUGGUAUUAUGAGCCGAAUGCGUUCAAGGAUACGCACAAGUGCGACGAACAGUCUUCAUACUGCGUUCCUAUUAUGGGCCGAGGCUAUGAAACCGGAGGCUAUAAGUGCGAGUGCCUGCAGGGCUACGAGUAUCCUUUCGAGGAUCUGAUCACCUACUACGAUGGCCAGCUGGUGGAGGCCGAAUACCAGAAUAUAGUGGCCGAUAAGGAGACGCGCUACGAUAUGUUCAAGUGCCGUUUGGCCGGCGCUUCCGGUCUGCAAUCUGCUUUGGGACUUGUCAUCUCACUGUUCGGCCUCACGCUCACCCUGCUGUAUAGAUUUAGUUAAGCAACCGCACGCCAAAUAACUAACGACAACUUCCGUCCAAACGAAACUCACAUAAAAUCUCUCCACAAAAGACAUCCAACUACAAAGCAACACAGACACAAAAUUGACACCCAAAAACAAAACGAGCUGCCAAGCCCGCCCAGCUCUCCUUCGUCCGCUUCGUCCCUUUGAACAUUGUCAUCAUUUAUCUGCAAGGCGAUUAAGUUGUAGACAUAAUCUAUUACAAUGAAUCUGGUUAUUUGUCAUUUCUAUCAAAAGCGGCAGGAGCAGGAGCUGAAGCAGAAAAAACGACAGCGACGGCAGAAAAGCGCAAACAGCCGCGCCUACUGCGCUCAGAUUACGGAAACGCAAACCCAAACCCAAACUCAAACGAACACGAAUACGAAAACGGAGUUACCGUUUUUAGCUCCUUCAGAGAUCCUCUCUAAUGUCCGUGAAGUCGCACAGCUGUGUGUGUGCAUGUGUGUAAGUGCCGAUCGCAAACCUGUUAACAUCGGAACCCAGUAGGCCCCGUACCUACACCCAUCGGCGAGGUCCAGGUCCAACCUGGGGGUUGUUUCUUCUCCUCUACGCACACCUUUUUUUGUCCAUUCCAUCCAACGGAUGGCACAAAAAAUCCAACGCCUGCCCGUGGUGUUUUUCUUAUAUUAAAUCGUCGAUGGUCCGUUUUUUGUGCUGCCUGAAUUAAAUAUAUAUGCCGAGAUGCUGCUGCCGCCGCUGUGCCGUUUUUUCCGCUUUUUGUUUUUUGCUCCUUGAUUAUCAUAUGCGCUUGAAUUUUUAUUAUCUGUACCCUGAGAACUUUUUCUAUGCGCCGCAGGAACCAGUUUAACAGCCACUUGGUCUCCUACCAGGGCAAAAAAAAAAUCAGAAAUAGCCAACGCUUUUUCAUUAAACGAAAAAAACUUUAUAGCCAUAGGUAGCUGGACAGGGGCACAAAAAAUCUUUUUCACACAUUUUUCAUAGUCAUUUCAGGGCAUCAGGAGCUCACCGGUGGGCAGUAACUUUCGUAGCAAACGGGCAACUCCUCCAUUUCCCUUUUCCUCUGAAAGGACCUCUGGCCGUCUGCCCGAACACGUUCGAGUGGCUGGCCAUGUCCGCUUUUGGUUUUGUUUCUGGGUGUCGUGUCGAGGUGUCGCCAUUACAUUCCGCAACCAAUUUGUAGAUCAGUACAAAACUUAAGCAAUCUAAAGUGUAAAUUGUGCCUUACAACUGGACUCUGUUUAUGCUCGAAUAUGUGUAAUACCUUAGACUACGACUAUACCAUACGUCCGUCCAAUGAAUCAGUCUAUUUUUUGUAUUAUGUAUCUUAAUAUUAAGUGUCCUGCGAGCGACUACAGAAAUUUUACAUUCUUUUUUAGUAUAAUGUAUAGAAUUUUAAGUGCCUUAUAACUCAAAAAAUUAUACACAACAAAUUAUAUACAACAAACCCACACA